CUGGCCUCGCUGGCCUUCUGCCUCCACCGGCGGCGGGUGGCCCAGGCCGAGCAGCGGGCGGCCGAUGGCCGGUGCCCGGCUGACCGCCGCGAGCUGGAGCUGAGGAUGGUGCAGGUGGUGUUCCGCCACGGGGCGCGGAGUCCCCUCCACCAGCUCCCGCUGGAGGAGCAGGUAGAGUGGAACCCCCAGCUCUUAGAGGUCCCACCCCAAACCCAGCUUGAUUACACAGUCACCAAUCUUGCUGGUGGCCCGAAACCACAUUCUCCUUAUGACUCUCAGUACCACAAGACCACCUUGAAGGGAGGCAUGUUUGCUGGGCAGCUGACCAAAGUGGGCAUGCAGCAGAUGUUUGCCCUGGGGGAGAGACUGCGCAAGAGCUAUGUGGAAGACACCCCCUUUCUUUCACCAGCCUUCAACCCACAGGAGGUCUUUGUUCGUUCCACCAACAUGUUCCGGAACCUGGAGUCUACUCGAUGUUUGCUGGCUGGGCUUUUCCAGCGUCAGAAAGAAGGCCCCAUCAUCAUCCACACCGAUGAGGCAAGCUCUGAAGUCUUGUACCCCAACUACCAAAGCUGCUGGAGGCUGACACAGAAAGUCAGAGCCCAGAAAAAGACUGCAACUUUACAGCCAGGGAUCUCAGAGGAUCUGAAAAAGGUGAAGGCACGAAUGGGCCUCGACAGGAAUGAUGAGGUGGACUUCCUGAUUCUGCUAGACAAUGUGGUUGCUGAGCAGGUCCACAACCUCCCAAGCUGUCCCACACUGAGGACAUUCGCACGGAUAAUUGAAGAGAGAGCUGUGGACACAGCUGUACAUAUACUGCAACAGGAUGACAGGGAAAGUCUUCAGAUGGCGGUCGGCCCAUUCCUGCACAUCCUGGAGGGCAACCUGCUGAGCGCCGUGGACCCUACCACUCCUCCCAGCAAGCUGAGAAAGCUGUACCUCUAUGCAGCCCAUGAUGUGACCCUUAUGCCUCUCUUAAUGGCCCUGGGGAUUUUUGACCAUAAAUGGCCCCCAUUUGCUGUGGACCUGACCCUGGAACUCUACCAGCACCAGAAAUCCAAGGAGUGGUUUGUGCAGCUCUUUUACCACGGAGAGGAGCAGGUGCCCAGAGGGUGCCCCGACAAGCUCUGCCCGCUCGAGCUGUUCCUGAACGCCAUGUCCCUCUACACCACAAGCCCAGAGAAGUACCACACGCUCUGCUCCCCGGCACAGGCCGUGGAAUUUAGGAAUGGACAGUGACUCUUUAUACAAGCAACUUGAUUUGCAAAUAAAAUGCCUUUAUAGAA